AUGUCCAACUACAUGGAUGGUUUAUCCCUUGGACCCGGCUUCAACAACGUCGGCAUGUCUGAGGGGCUUGACUCUGCACAACAGUACACAACGUCGCCGUCAUCCAUAUCCCACCAAGAUGCCUCCUUCCACACCCAGCCGACUUCUUUUCAAGGCAACGUUACUGUUUAUCAAACAACAGGUCCCGAUGCCCAUACAAGCCCGAUCCAGCAACCCGGAAGCAAUACCCCCGCCCUGAACCCGCGAUCAUGCGUAACCUGUCGCCGCCGGAAAGUUCGUUGCGACAAGCAGAUGCCUUGUUCCAACUGUCGUCGAGCACAGAUCCCAUGUGUCUUUCCCGCUCCCGGAAGGGCACCACGGCAGCCGCGCCGAAAAGACCCAAAUGCGCCACCCAAAAACUCAAGCCAACGUGAAAUAGAGUUGAUGAAGAGACUGAGGAAGUUGGAGGGAAUCGUAGAAGAAUUAAGCGGUCAGAUCGAGGUUGAGUCAGGGGGCAAAGGUCAAUCAUCAGCCAGUUCGCCUGAAGCUGUGCAUCCAGGUCAAAUCAAUUCCUUUGACACCUCAGCACAUAAUACCCAACGACACCUGUCAAAUGCGUCCUCACAGCAAGGUAAUGCCAGAAUCACUGGUGAAAGCCCGCAAGGCAGCGAGGCUAUAAGUGAGCAGAGCGAGAGUACCCGCAAAAGUAUGCAUAAAAAGUUUGGUCGGUUAGUCUUGAACGACAACGAUACCAGCGGAAGUCGAAAAUACGUCAGUCAUGGACUUUGGGCAAAACUUAAUGACGAGCUCGACUCGAUACGAGAAGAAACACAAAGACUCACCGAUGAAGACUUUGACGAAUCCGACAUAGAAGAAACGCCAGAUAGUUCACCCGCAGCUACGCUCUCGGCAAACCAUAAUGCUUUCAUUUUCGGAUAUCGCUCCACAGAGGUUGAUUUGGACAAAUACUGGCCUAUGCCGACAGUCAUCCCAUUCCUGUGGUCUGUAUACCAGGAGAACGUGGAGCCAUUGCUUAAGGUGCUUCAUAUACCCACUAUGGAGCCGGUUUUUCGAGAUGCGAGAAGGGACCACAAACAGCUCUCCCCUGGGAACGAAGCACUAGUCUGGGCGAUAUACUACGCCGCAAUAACAUCACUAGACCCUGAUGAGGUUCGAGCCAAUCUUGGUGUCAACAAAGAGGAUGUCCUUGUACAGUACCGUUUCGCCGUUGAACAGGCGCUCGCCAAAGCCAACUUCCUCAACUCGUUAGACACUCCGAUUAUGCAAGCUUUGCUCAUCUUCCUUCUUGUAGUUAAGGGCCAAGAUGGAAGCCGCUUCUGUUGGUCUUUGACAGGUCUAGUAGCUCACCUGGCUCAGGGCAUGGGUCUUCACCGCGAUGGAUCACAUUUUGGGUUGAGCCCCUUUGAGACGGAGAUGCGGAGACGUCUCUGGUGGUCAUUACUCUUAUUGGACCUUCGGUCGGCCGAUGAGUUGGGUACCGACCUUAUUAUUUCGGACUAUGACACGCAGAUGCCAAGCAACAUCAACGAUGCUGACAUCAAGCCCGACUCAACAGAGGCUCCUGAGCCCAGAGAAGGCCAUUCUGAUUGUGCGGUGGCGAUCGUUCGUUUUGAGAUUGCAGGGUUCGGCAGGCGCCUUGUUCGACUUUCAUCUGCAUCCAUGUCAUUCUGUCCCAAAGGCAUGCCUUUCGAAAACACUACUCUUGCUGAACGAGAAAACAUGCUCAUCGACGUUUAUCGGAGGGUUGAGCACAAAUUUCUGAAGCACGUCACGGCCGACACUGAUCCUUUGUAUUGGAUGGCGGCCUCGAUCGCUCGUAUUAUUAUGGCCAAGAUGACUCUAGUUAUAUAUCAGCCAGUACUCUUCCCUGGUUCCGAGGGAGAAGGUGCGCUUUCAGAUGAGGCGAGAGAGCGAGCCUACUUGGCAGCACUUGAAAUCGCGGAAUACAAUCACAUAUUGAGCAACGAUACAAGAUGUAAGCAGUUUAGGUGGUUGUUCAAAACCUACACCAACUGGUCUGCCAUGGCCUACUUUCUCAUAGCCAGUUGCCGUCGGCCAUGGACCCCUCUCGUGGAGCGUGGUUGGGAAGCGAUCAAUGGGUAUGAGGAUCACCCAGCGCAGCUUGUGAAAUCUGGCGACAAUACAUCUGUCGUGAUGCCUAUAAGGAAACUUUACUUGAGAGCACAAAGACACCGUGCGGCAGAGAUUAUCCGGCUUCGCAACAACCCCGAAGAAGCUCGUCGGUUGGAAUUUGAAGAAAGGACAAACCCUAGGUACCAAACUCGAUUUGGACAGGAAACUGAUCGGAAUGUCAACAAGAUGGACGAGAUCAGGGGAAAAUGGAGGUAUCUGGUACGCGCUGACGGAAGUAACAUACCGACGUCUACCCCAGCUGAGCUCAGUCCUGUGGCACUGCCAGAAAUACCCCAACCCACACAAGCACAAAUCCCAUCUCGCCCUCGGACACCGUCAGUCAACGAUAUUCCAGGAAGCUUUGAUCUCUCGGAUACGACAAUGAACUUUAUGAACGAUAUGAUGGCACAGGGCACAAACUUCAACAUGGCAGGCUUCUGGCCAAUGAACGACGUCGGUGCAGCCCAGAUGAAGGCCAUGAAUACUGCGGCAACGCCCAUGACUACAACUGCCCAGAUGCCGCAACCACAAACGACGCAAGUAUUAGACAUGGGUCAGCAGUUUCAACCCCAGUCUAUGCAACUACCUAAAGACGAGAUCCCGCCGCCCUAUCUCUGGGAUGGUUCUUACCCGACCAUGAACCCAAACUAUGAUCAAACAGCGGGUAUGGAUGAUAUCGACAUGCUUGGGGAAGAUUUUAAUUGGCACCACUGGAGCCAAAAUGUUCGUGGUAUGUAG